AUGCUGAUGGUCUGUUUCCACAGUUCUGCAGAGCAGAGGACGGCAAAGUAUACAAUGGUUGCUCAAGAGCCCAUGAAAUGGCAGGAAAAUGCUGCUCUCGUCACCAAACAAUCCAUAGCCGCUGCCAUCAGUUGGCUUGAGAAACUGACUUUUGAUCCGGCUAUGAGCCAGGCUAGCUGUCUGGAUGCUCUGCUGGAAGCUGGGAAAGACAAAACUAUUGAAUCCAUUUACUACUUUGUGGUGGGGGACAUUCCUGAGGAAUCCAAGGAGCUACUCCUUCAGAAGGCUUUGGAGAUCCCGUAUCCAGUCUGCACAGUGUCCUUCAAUGCCAGAGGAGAAGGCACUAUAGCUUUUUUAAAGGAUCUGAGUGCCCAGAGCCACAGCAGAUUCCAUGCAUUUGCUGAGAGAACAGAGUGUGUGGAAUUUCCUGCAUUGACCCUACAGGAUGGUAAAAGUGUAAUUACUUGGAAUUCAAGGAAACUGAAAGGAAAACUCCCUCCAGGAGCUGGGGUCAGAGAAGAUGUGUUUCUCAUUUGGAAGGAGAUGGAGGAAGCCUGCAGCAUACUGGCCCAGCUCCAGAGGCUGGUGACCGAGUCUUUCAAGUCUGAUGGGGACGACAUAGCCUGUGAACCAGGAGUAACUUCUGUGGAGAAUGAGUCCAAUCCAGAGGAUGUUUGGGACUCUAAGAAGUGGCUACAGAAAUAUGGCUUGAAAGCCCAGAAGCUGUCAUUUUAUGAUGUCCUUGCUGAUUGCUCCUUCCGCCACGUUGAUGGAGUUGUUGAUAUAAAGGCUAAGCCAGAGAACGAGUCUGUGAAAACCAGUGCGGAGACAAUCAAGAAGACAAUCCAUGCAAAAUACUGUAGCAGGUUUGUCCAUGCUCCCUGGAAGGAUGGGAGCUUAGUCCAUGUCCAUGUUACCAAGGAGAAGUGCAGGUGGUACAAUGAGAGAAUUCAAACAGUCCUCGCUCAAAUUGAAAGGAGGAUUACAUGGCUACAAAAUGCGAGUCAAAUGCUUUUUGGAAAAGUGCUUCAUGAUUGCGUCUAUGUCCUCAUUGAUACAUCUCACUCGAUGAAGGGCAAACUGGACUUGGUGAAGGACAAGAUCAUUCAGUUUAUACAGGAACAGCUGAAAUAUAAAAAUAAAUUCAAUUUUGUGACAUUUGAUGCUCAAGCAGUUGCCUGGUGUGAAAAACUUGCUGAUAUUAAUGAAGAUAAUUUGAAAAGGGCUCAGUCCUGGAUUAGAGACAUUAAGGUUGGCAGCUCCACAAACACUCUGAAUGCUCUGCAAAUUGCUUUUGCUGAUAAAGAAACACAAGUAAUCUACCUUCUGACAGAUGGGAGGCCUGAUCAGCCACCUGAAGUGAUUAUAGACCAAGUCAAAGCUUCUGAAAAGAUUCCUGUUUAUACCAUCUCCUUCAAUUACAAUGAUGAGAUUGCAAAUGGAUUUUUAAAAGAGCUUGCUUGUUUGACAGGAGGAGAGUUCCAUUUUUAUAAUUUUGGUUGCAAGGAUGUGGAAGAUACUCCAGAGACUGUCCAGAAUGAAGAUCUGACUCUUUUAGUUAAGGAAAUGGAGCAGGGGAGACAUGACCUGGAGAAGAUGCAAGACCUUUAUUCUGAGUCCUUGAUCAUGGACUGGUGGUAUAACGGAGAAAAGGAAGGAGACAAUAAGCACCAAAAAGAAAUCUGUUCUAUGGUUUCAACAUCAGAAAAAUGUGGAGAACCUCAACCUGGAGUCAGAUCAACUGGAACAUCACCCUCAUCUUUGUCAAAAGUACACUGGGGCCUUCCAAAUCAAAGGAUUCAGAAAAAGAAAGUCCUCCGUGCAGAACCAACAAAAACCAGCCUACUCAGAAGCCAGAUGUCCACCCUCAGGAACUCAGCCUCCAAUGAAAAGAAGGACAGCCUCUCCAAUUGCAGCAGCUGGAGUGUUGCUCCAAGUGACCAAGGAUUGCCCAACCUUCCUUCCGAGGAGUGGCUGGUGGAUGACAGAUCAUUAGAAACAUCAACUCGAGAACGAAGGCAAGUUUAUGACCAAGAUUCUUUAGAUAUGUCUUCAGCAUACUGGCUCAAGACCCAUGGCUUGGUGGCCAAGAAACUUACCAUCAUGGAUGCCUUGUCAGUGACAGCAAUCCCUCACAGUGCCACCUACGUUCCAAUUCUGGACAAGCAUGUUGUUUCCAAGGUCUUUGAUGAGGUGUUCCCCUUGACACAUGUGUGCAAGGACACAAAUAAGAAGACAUUAAUUAAUCCCCAAGGAAUGAAGCUCAAUACGUACAAGCAGAGAGUAGAACAAGCGAUAAAGUCCUAUGAAGAGCGCUUGAAUAAAAUUGUUUGGCAAGCAUUAUCUGAAGAGGAAAAAGAAAAAUUAGAUGCAAACAAACCAAUGCAGUACUUGGAAAACAAAGCAGCUUUAAAUGAGGCACUAGAACGGUCAAAUUGGCCCAUUUCAUUGAAAGAGUUGUCGUUGUUGGAAAAUGAAAUCUUAGCUGGGAAACUGUAUAUCCAGCAGGCCAUGGAACUCCAGGAGGCUACCAGGAAGGAGAAUCAUGUGAGCAGGCAAGAACAAUCACAAGGAAAUCCAACAACAAAAAGCAAAUCUAAAAGACUGGAUCCUCUCAAAGGCCAGAAAGUUAUUGCAAGAUGUGAUGAAAAUGGCUUUUAUUUUCCAGGAGUUGUGAAGAAAUGUGUGAGUCUCACCCAUGCACUAGUGAGCUUCAGAUAUGGUGACACCAAGGUUGUGCCCACCUCAUUCAUCACACCUGUGGGGGGUGCCAUGCCCUGCCCAAUGCUCCAGGUUGGAGAUUAUGUGUUUGCCAAAAUUGUGAUACCCAAAGGAUUUGACUUCUAUGUCCCUGCCAUUGUCAUAGCACUUCCGAAUCAGAAUGUUCCAGAAGACAAAUUCUACACAGUUUUAAAGUGUAACAACCGGAAAGAAUUUUGCCCUCGAAGUGCACUUAUUAAGAUCAGCCAAAACAAGUAUGCUCUCUGUUGCUCUCAUAUAAAAUCACCCCCAAUUCAAGAGGAUCCAGAAGUGCAGGAGGUGAAGAAGAAUUCUCCUUUCAUAAUAUGGGCACAGAAAGAAGUUGACACUGGGGAUUUAAGAGAGCUAAAACAGAUCCAUAGAAGGAAGAAGAAACUUGCCAAGAAGCUGGAUCCCCAGGAGAGGAAGUCCCCAGAUUCAGACAGCUUUUCCUGUGAUUCUCGAGAGUCCUACCCCAAAAGACACCCCAAGCCCAAGGUGAGAGGGGACAACAUCAUUUAUCUCCGCAACACCUUGACAUCUCUUUUGAGAAUAGUACACAUAAGACUAUUCCUCAUUUUCCGGGCCAGUUUAGGUCCCAGUACAACAAGGACUCUAAUUCCUUCAAGUAAUGCUGGCAUCCACUUCUCCAGAGAAGGUCCUCAGCCCAGACUCCUGGAGUCAGCCAUUCAUGCCAUCACUACCACACCUUCACCUUGA